AGUAUGAUCGAGAUGGCAAUGACAAAAUCAUAUAAAAAUAUAACGGUUAAUAUUUUGACGUUUGAAUAAAUUUAUUUGAGUGGACAAAAUAAAUUGAAGUUGAAUGAUUGAUUAUGCUAAUGAUUUUGAUAUGAAAUUUUUACAAUGUGACACCAAAGUUCACCUUCGAAUCUCGCUACAAUUAGGCGCGCUCAUUAAUUACUAUUACCUAUUUAUCUUGAAUGCAGAAGUGUUUUAGGUUAUAAUAUUUUGAUUUCAAAGAACAUGUAGGCUGAAGGUUUGAAGGUUCGCUCAUGUGAAAUGAAGUUUUUUUUUUUUUAAAUUCUAAACUGGAUGACAUAUCAAUAUAUUAUUUUUUUGAAUACAUGACUUUCAUUCAAAAAUCAUCUCUAAAUCAGUGUCUGAAAGAAAACAAAGCUAACUACGAUAUAGGAGAUGUGGAACAUUUUACGAAAAAACAUUGGCAGAGCUGUUGUAUGCAGAUGCAGCUAUACGACAAGGCCUCAAUUCAAAAUCAAAAGGGCGUUAAUUGUCUCCAAGAUGACAAGGUAUGAAUUGGAGAAGUUCAGAGACCCUAACUUUGACAAGACUGAUAUUGAGAAUGUGGUUCGGAGAGGUAUAGACUUGGAUGCUAUUAGGAAAUUCUAUGAUGUGCAUAAAUCAUAUGAAACUUAUGUGGUAGACACUCUAAACUCAUUUGAUAUAGAAACAAGGAUUGUAAACAGAACAAAUUAUAAAGCAUCGGAUCUGGAGUGGUGCGAUGCUGUCAUGCCAGUUGGUGGAGAUGGCACAUUUCUUUUGGCUGCCAGCUAUGUUCCCGACUAUAACAAACCAGUCAUUGGUUUUAAUUCGGAUCCAUCACGGUCAGAAGGACACCUCUGCUUACCAAAGAAAUAUUCGAAAAAUUUGACUCCCGCUCUUGAAAAACUGAGUGAGGGUAAAUUCUCUUGGAGGAUGCGAACUCGUAUUAGAAUAACUUUGAAAGGAACAGAUGCUAUGAAAUUUCCGAAACAAAUGCAUAAUCAACAGAUGUUGAUGCCUGAAUUUAGAUUUGAUGACUUGAAAAAAAACAGUAAGACUGAUAACAAAUUUCGACUGCCUUAUCUUGCAUUGAAUGAGGUUUUCAUUGGAGAGUGUUUAUCUGCGCGAGUCUCUUAUUUUGAGCUGAAAUUGCCCAACCACCCACUCACCAAAGUUAAAAGCUCAGGUCUGUGCAUCUGUACCGGCACAGGAUCAACAUCUUGGCAUCUCUCAAUGAAUAGAAUCACAAAGCAAAGCAUAGAGCAAGUACUCAAGUUCGCUAAUGCGACUUCCGACAAAGUUGAAAGUAUCGUUCAAGACUUCAACAAUUCUCUCAUUUUCAGUCCAGAAGAAACAAAACUAGGUUACACUGUGAGAGACUUGAUAUCUGCGGGAGUUUGGCCACAUCCUCCCGGUCUACCACCCCGAGGAUUCAGUCACAAAAUUGAGGUGAAUUCGAAAUGCAUUGAUGCCGGGUUAGUAAUAGAUGGUGGAAUUUCAUAUCCUUUCAAUGAUGGGACUAAAGCAAUAUUAGAGGUGAAUUUGCAAGAUGCACUGAGGACGAUCGUUCUUUUCGAAGAUUAAGCUAGAUUAUAUUUAUUUUUUUAUUGUUCUUUUUGUAAACUAUUUGUACCAUUCAUAAUGUCUUGUAUGUUAAAUUGUUAAACCUUAAA